CUGUUUUCCCUCUACAUUUCAGAAGUAGUUUUGCAUUUUGGAAUUGGAAAAGGUUUUACAACUUGUAAUUUUAAACCACUUUUAGUGGUUCUCAAUUUUGGCUGAGAAGGAAAGAACAUUUGGCUUCAAAUAUUCUUUCCUAAGCCUUCCAGCAUGAUCCUUAAUAGUCAGAUUUUUAUUAUGUCACUUUUCAGAUUACCAAGAACUUAAAAAAAUCUCCACUUAGAAAUGAGUAUUGCUUUAACCAUUUUGUUUCAUUGUUAAAUUUUCCGGAAUUAAUUUUGUGUCAAACUUGAUGAUUUUCCUUGUUAAAGGUAAUUUUUUUAGUUCUUGAAAGUCAGGUAUUAAGUCAAUUUUCAAGCUCUCCAGAAACUGUGGCACUUUUAAGUCCCUUGAUACACUUCACAGUUCUACUUAAAAAAAAAAAACCAAAACACUUUUUAUUCAUUAAAUGUAUUUAUUAAGCACUUACUCUGUGCUGAGCACAGGAGAUACAGAAAUACACGUGAAGGCAGUGCCUGUCCCCAAGGAGCUUACAUUCUAACAUGGGAGACAUGUUUGGUGGCUCUUAGGUUUUAAAAGUAAUAGGGGUGAGGGCUGAGGUUUUAAUGGAGAGGUCAGACCCACUAUCCCCAGGAUCACUGACAGAAUUGAUUUGAUUAUAGUUUCAGAACUGGAAGGGAAGGCAGAGAACCGCUUGUAUGUGCCUGGGGCAGUGUGACUGCUUUAUACUAAGACUUGUGCUACACUAAAUGAAGCUAACAACUCUUCAAAAAAGUGGUGGUGGUAGUCUCUGGUAACCAAGGAUGACGAUUGUCUUUGUGCGUUUUUGUGCACAAAGACACUUGUGCAUGAAGUGGAAAAGUCAGUGCACAGAGACAGUCCCACUCUCUCGGUUGGAAGUCUGGGUCCAGUGGCACGAAAAACCGUUAUACCUGGAGACUUCCUCAGCUGCAUUGGAUGGCCGUGUUGUCCUUUGUGCUCCAACAGUGCACUCCACAGAGCCUUGCUGUAUCGCCAUCUCAGCCGUUGAACCUUCUUGUUGGUUUCUUCCGCCUGUUCUGCUGAAGCAGUCUUCACAUGCUGGAUGAACCCAAAAUCUCUCCCUGGACAACACAGCCUGGGAAAAGUUUACAGAAUAAAAUUCAGUUUAGGACUAUUGCCCCCAAAAUUACACCUAACGUCCUAACAUCCCCACUACUGCCCUAUCACUCACCAUCACUCACUGAUCAAGUUCAACCCACAUCUUCAGCGAAUUCUAGGCCUCUGGUAAUGCCACCACAAAACUAUGCCCUGAUGCAAGUUGCUGGGCAAGAGGGAACCUUCUCUCUGGUUGCUUUGCCCCAUGUUACCCCAGCAGUGACAACCCAGCCUGUCCAGAAGCCAAAAACUUCAUUGCCCAAAAACCUUAAAUUGCCUAUUCCGCGGUACCAACCUGCAAGAAUUAAGAAGGUAUCAGAAGUGGAAACUCUCCCCAACUCUUCUGUGAGUGUCAUUAGGAAGGUUCCAACCAACACACAAACACGAGCCCAGCCAUCACCGUUAGUAGCCAGCCGUUCCGAACUUCCCACUCCCAUUGAUCCAUCUGAACAUGUGAUAUUAAUAGACCAGGUGCCAGCUGAAAUCACAGUGACUGCUUUACUAGAUGAAAGCAGCCGUGUAGAAUCUGGACCUGAGGCAGGCGACGCCAUUGUGAUUCCAAAACCAUGGGGACCAGAGGAACCUUCCUCUGAGUUGGGUAAUGCAGUGAAAACCAAUUUAGAUACAAAGACAAUAGCCAGUAAACCUGCCCUUGGUGGCGAGAAAAUCAAGGAAACAGUAGCUGAUUCUGCAAAAGCCAUUACUGUUCUGUCCCCGGCGAUUUUUGGCAAUGCAAUCCAGCUGAUUCCUACCGCACCUAAAGGGAAACUUCCCAUCUUACCUUAUUCAAGAAUGAAAACAGCAAUGUUCUGUAAAACAAAGCCAAGCGCCAGCAUCGUAGGGCCUGCUCCUCCGUGGCACAGCUCUGACUGUGACAAAGUCACAUCGUUUGCAAAAACCUUCAGUGUGUCCACCAGGACAUCAGAGAAACUCUUUGCCGUUUCCCUCACCCAAGUGUCCAAGCCGGGCAUCUGCGAAGAUGCCUUUUGCUCAGCCACAAAGGUGGAAAUUGACAACAAACAGAAAUUGAAUGGUGGAGCAGCCAAGAGAAGAGGGCGAAAACGGAAGAUCCCCGAUGACAUUUUGGCUUUUCAGGCAAAGAGGAGAAAGUGUGUCCUUGACACAUAUAGAGAUGGUAAAGAAAGAGUCAAAGUGGACCUGCAGGAGCCCAGAGACAGAAAACCUGGGGCUGUGAAAAAGUACCGGAGCAUCAUGCCCAAGCCUGCCGUUGUCAUGCAAGCAGUGGCUCCACUGACCUCCUCGACAACUCUUCUACAAACUAAAUCUCCCGACUGUCUGGACCGAGAUGCCUUGCUAAAUAAUUCCCUUCCACGUAAGUGUCUCAGCUCCAAGCAGAGUGAUAGUGCUUCCACCAAACCUGGGAGCGGGUGCAAGAAUGGCUUUUCUGCCACAAAAAAGCCUUGGCACAGAUGCCACAUCUGCAACCACCACUUUCAGUUUAAACACCAUCUUCAGGACCAUAUGAACACGCACACCAACAGACGGCCAUACAGCUGCCGGAUCUGCCGUAAGGCAUAUGUGCACUCUGGAAGUCUCAGCACCCACAUGAAGCUUCAACACAGUGAGAGUCGUCUCAAGAAGCUCAUGUACUGUGAAUUCUGUGCCAAAGUGUUUGGUCACAUAAGGGUCUAUUUUGGGCACCUGAAAGAAGUGCAUAGGGUUGUGAUCAGCACUGAACCUUCCACCAGCGAAUUGCUGCAGGGGAAAGGGCCAAAGAACAGAGACAUAAGUAUAAAAGGAGCAGAAGAAUCAAUGGAGAGAGAAAAUAAAUCAAACCUUGAGGAGAACCUCUUUCCAGGACAAGCCAAUGAAGUCAAAUUGGACAUCAAAUGUGGCCGCUGUCAGGUCACUGCUCAGUCUUUUUCUGAGAUGAAGUUUCACUUAAUAUAUGUCCAUGGAGAGGAUAUUCAAGGAAAACUGAAGGAAGGAAUGUUACCAGGCAGCAAAGGAGCUCAGGAAGAAGUAGUGAAGCGAGCUGCUCGUUACUGGAAACAGCACAGUGAGAGGAGGAAUCUGGCGAAGAGUGACACUUUGGAGGAGGAGUUGUAUACAUUUCCCAUACAGCUCAAAAGGGAAAUCUACCUUCUCCAUCAGAAAAACUUGGACAUAUUAACCAAAAGUGAGGAAGCUCCAUUGGAAGCCAGCGAAUCAGGAAAGCCUCUGCCAAGCCCAGAUGGUGGCACACCAUACAAGAUUCAGGUCUGGUCUCAUCUGGGCUUUAACUGUCUGCUUUGUAAGCAGACACUUGGACGGAAAGAAGAACUUUUCCUGCAUUGGGAACAGCAGCACAACUGUGAAGACCCUUCUGUACUCUGGGCUCUUCUAAAUGCAUUGUCUUCACAGGGAGUAAUUGAACUUUCUAACGAGGCUGAAAAAUGAAACACUGAGACAGAAAACCCAAUCACAAGAAGUUUUUGCUCUGCCCUUCCAAACAGAAUUUAAUAUAUACCUGUGUCUCUUAAUUAUAAAUGUAAACACAUUUGGGCUACUCAAAAUACUCUUUUUGUUUUUCAUGAGUAAAGGCAACAAAAUUUAUACAGUUUUGUUUCCUUCUGAAGAAUAUAAGAAAUUCCUCCCAGAUUUUUUUUAUUUGUAUGAGGACUUGUAAAAUAUCACUUAUUAGCUACGAAAGCCUUUGACUCUUUAUCAGAAUAAGUAGAAAGACCAGAUUGUGGAUAUUAAAAUCAAGAAGAUUAUAAGAUCUGCUGAAAACAUACUGUGCAGUAUGAACAUGUAGAUAUUGGUACCAUUUUUGUGUAAUAGCACACAAAUGCCUUCUAUUAAUAUAGAUUGACAAAUCUUAUAACUUCCUAGACUGAAAACUUAAUUUCAGUCUCAAAAGUAGUACCAGGUUUAAUGGUAAUGAAUGUUGAUAUAUAUUAAAUCCUUGACUUUAUUUGAAUAUAUUUUAGAGAAUGUAUUUAAUAAGAUUGUCAUUUGCCCUAAUUUAAAUUCCAUGCAUCCAGUCCUUCAAUUAAUACUCAAGCUAAUAAAAAAAAAGCUGUUUUCUUGGUAAGAAGUUAUUUUCAAGCAGUUGGAGCUAGAAUUUGGAUAGCCUGAAAAGUAACAUAGUUUGUUCAAGACAGAAACCUAGGCAUCUCAGUUACUUUCCCUUGUCCUCAGGCAGCUUCUUUUUUAAAUGGUGGCUUGAAGGGACAUUCCUGUAUUAUUAAUUUAACAGGCCACAAUUUUGGUUGUUUUUUUCAAAUUCAAAAGUAAAAUUCCUUUUUAAUUUCUAGGAAAUGGUCUAGUAAAAUAGGAAAUGUUCAUGCUUCAAGUUUCAGCCUAUUUGAGAUAUAAAAAUAGCCUUAUGGCUGUUGUAUCUUUGGGAGAUAAUGGUUCAAAACAAAAUACAUCAUUUUCUCCACAUUACCAUUAUCAAAAUUGUUUCACCUCUUGGCUCUUCUGUUUCUGUUAAUGAUACCAACAUUCUUCUGUUCACCCCAGGGCAAAACUUCAGUCCACCUUGAUUCUUCUCUCUUCCUCUGCCCCAUCUAGCUAAAUCCUGUUGAUUCUACCUCUGAAAUGGCUUUUGUACUCAUCCCUUCCUUUAAAUUCUCGCUGCCACUUUCCAGGUUUAGGCCCUCAUUAAGACUUAACUAAACAAUUGUAUUAGCCUUUAAUUGGUUUCCAUACAACAAGCCCUUCCCCGUUCACACUUGGCCACCAAAUUAAUCUUCCUAAAUCAUGGCAUUGCUGCUCAUAUCCUAACCCUUUGGUGGCUCCCUGCUGCUUAACAAAGUCCCAUCUCUUAAUUUAGGAUUUGAAGCUCAGUCCAGUCUAGCUUCAGCUUGCAUUUCUCACUUUCCCAGAUUGUGGUCCUACACUUAUAUUCACCAUACUGGACCACCUGUCAUUUUUCCAGUGUGGUCCAGAAUUUGCUUCCACACCAUGAUUUUAUUGGUGCUGUUUCUCCUACAGUUAAAAUGACCUUCCUUCGCUCUUUAGCUGUACCAGUUGGGCUCUACCCAUCCUCCAAGACCCAACUCCUUAUGUGCCAUCCUCAUGAAGUUUUCUUGCAUAUCCCAAGCCAAAAGGGCUCCUUCCUUCUUCUGAACUGUCAUAACUUUUUUUUUACCUUUCUUAUGGACAUAUCAUGUCCUGCCAUGUAUUACAGGUAAGUGUAUGCAUGUUUCAUCUUCCCUCUAAGACUGUAAGCUCCUCAAGGGCAGGGUCAUGUCUUAGUCAACUCUGUAUCCCCCAGAGUGCCUAACAGGGUACCUAGCACAAAAGCACUCAAAUAAAUGUUGUUGAUUCAUGGAA